ACGGUGAAAUACUGAAAUGAACUAUACUACUUAGCUUCAAGUCCUAGCCUGCUAGGGCUCUUCAACUGAUUAUCUUUCUCUCAAUCUCUCCUCAUUAUUCCCUUUCCCGCCUCCAAUGCUGCCGGCAAGGAAGCGGCGAGGGCGACGGCCACGGACGACACAAGUUGUUAACUUUGGGACGCCGGAAAAUGAAGUUCCGAGUGAUAAUAAUGUUGACCUUGACAAAGACGCCAAAGACGAUGAUGGAGCUACAAAUUCCUCUCUUGUUCAGAACUCCAAGGGAAUGAGGCAGGACAGAAAGCGAAAGAUGGCGAAGAUUUCUAGUAACAUCGGAACUAGCAGCAGAAGCAGGGCUGAGAGUGAAGAGGAGGAAAAUGGUUAUUCGACGGCGACAGAAAGUGAACUUCCGAGUGAUAAUGUUGAGCUUGUGUUGGAUAAAGAUUCUCAAAAGGACGACGCCAACGGCAGGAGGUUCCUACUUCGGAAGCAUCAACAGGAGACACCCAAAGUCAUUAGGCGAGGCCCUAAGUUUAUUCAAGAGGAGAGCUUAAUGUGCCAUCAAUGUCAGAGAAAUGACAAAGGUGAAGUUGUGAGGUGCAAAAAUUGCAAGCGGAAAAGAUUCUGUAUACCUUGUUUGGCUACCUGGUAUCCUGGAUUAAAGCCGGAAGAUGCAGUGUUAUGUCCGGUUUGCCGUGGUAAUUGCAACUGCAGAGCAUGCUUGCGAUCUACAGCAUUAAUUAAGGCAAUGAGGCAUCAUGUGCCAAGGAACGAACAGGAGAGAUUUGAGCAUUCUAAGUAUUUGCUAAAACGGCUUCUUCCUUAUUUAAGACAGUUGGAUAAAGAACAAAUGAUUGAGAAGGAUAUAGAAGCUAAGAGGAAAGGGCUUUCACUCCCAAAGCUAAAUAUUGAAAAGUCAGAAUACCGUCAAGAUGAACGUGUCCACUGUGAUAACUGCAAGACGUCAAUAUUUGACUACCACAGAUUCUGUAGAAAAUGUUCUUUUCACCUUUGUCUUAUCUGUUGCUAUGAGCUUCGCAAUGGAGAGCUACUAGGUGGUGCAGAUCCAGAUGAGCUUGGAUUUGUCAACUGGGGUAUUAAUUAUCAGCAUGGUUGUGAUAUAAGUAGAGACAAGUCGAAUUCAGCACACGAGGAUGCUAAGCCUGACUCUAAGAAGAAUUUAGCGCAUUCUGAUGCUAAGCCUGAUGUUCGUGGAUGGUCAAGAUCGGGGUGGCAUGCAAAGAGCGAUGGCCGCAUUCCUUGCCCAAAGAAUACGUGUCGCAACAGGUUUCUUGAACUGAGAAGUGUACUUGGUCCAAAUUUUAUCUCAGAGUUAGUACACAAAGCAGAAGAAGCAGAAGCACAUAAGCUUCACAAUGCAGUUGAGAAUCCUGUUAGCUGGUGUUCAUGUUUGAGGCUCAGCAGAAACACAGAUUGUAGAAGCAAUAAUAAUACACUGAAGUCAGCUUCUCGUGAAAAUUCCAUUGACAACUUUUUGUACCAUCCUCGGGCUAUAAGUCAAAAACCUGAAGAGUUGAAACAUUUUCAAUGUCAUUGGAGUAGAGGCGAGCCUGUUAUUGUAAGCAAUGUGCUUGAACAUUCAUCUGGUUUAAGCUGGGAACCACGAGUCAUGUGGCGUGCAUUCCGAUCGUUUAAGGCCAACGGUAAUCAACAUUUGGAUAUGAAGGCAUUUGACUGCCUAGAUUGGGCACAGGGAGAUAUUAAUAUCCAUCAAUUCUUUUGUGGGUACGAAAUUGGUCGUUGGGAUAGGUGUGGUUGGCCUCAGAUGCUGAGAUUAAAUGAUUGGCCUCCUGAUUUCACGGAACGUGCACCACGUCACUAUGCAGAAUUUAUGUCUUUAUUGCCCUUUGGGGAAUAUACAAAUCCUUUUGGAGGUGUUCUUAAUCUUGCUUCUAAAGUACAUGGGACUGGUUCAACACCUAACAUGGAGCCAAAAGAAUAUAUUGCAUAUGGAUUUCCUCAAGAGCUUGGACGUGGUGAUUCUGUGGUUAAACUCCACUAUGAUAUUUCUGAUACAGUUAAUAUUUUAACUCAUACUGCUGGAAAAGUGAGGUUGACAUCUGACCAACUUAGAACAAUUGAGCAUUUGAAACGGAAGCACCAUGACCAAGACAAGAGAGAGCUCCUUGUAACUUAUCAGGAAGAAAGCAAUAUAUUAGCUGGAGGGGAUGCUUCUGAUGGUGUCCUUUGGGAUGUUUUCCGGAGACAGGAUAUUCCUGUGUUAAAGGAAUAUCUGAAAAUGCAUUUCAAGGAGUUCAGGCAUAACUAUUGCUGUCCCUUAGAUAAGGUUAUUCACCCCAUUCAUGAUCAAACGAUCUAUCUGACUGUGGGACAUAAGAGGAAGCUAAAGGAGGAGUAUGGAAUUGAGCCCUGGACUUUCAUUCAGAAGUUAGGAGAUGCUGUCUUUAUUCCAGCGGGAUGUCCAUACCAAGUUAGAAAUCUGAAGACAUGCAUCAAUGUUGCGCUUAGUUUUGUGUCUCCUGAAAGUGUUGGCGAGUGUUUUCGUUUGGCAGAGGAAAUCCGCACACUUCCGAUAAAUCAUAGGUCGAGCGAGGACAAGUUGGAGGUGAAGAAAAUGACAAUAUUUGCUAUAAACAAUGUCCUUGAAAACUUGUCAAGAGCAAGCUUGAAUGAAAAUCUGAAACCUGAAAGGAAUAUCCAAGAAAAGCAGCCGACCGGAGAAAAGGAUAAAUGGGACGAGUAUACAACCGGAGUUUUCUUGGACGUAUGUGUUGAGGAAAUAGCUUCAGGGAAUAGAGCUGACGCUGACUUCAAUGAAGAGGGAUGGAUUAAUGUGAUUGCUAAGUUCAAUGGAAAAACAGGUCGUAACUAUGACUGCAGGCAAUUGAAAGAUAAAUGGGACAUUUUGAAAGGUGACUUUAAUUUAUGGGAAAAGCUUCUUGAAAUUGGUGUGGGAUGGGAUCCUGUUAAAAAAACCAUAAAAGCAUCUCAAGAGUUUUGGGUAGCUAGAAGAAAGGAGAACCCAGAAUUUCUGAAAUUUAGGUUUCAAUGUCCUUCACACUUGGAUAAGUUGGAAGCAUGUUUUAAAGAUAUGAAGGCUAUAGGUGAUGUAGCUUUGAAAACACAUGCAGAUCCAUCAUCAGCUGAGGUGAGGGUAUGUGGGAAAGAAAAUGAGGAUAAUCAUGAAUUAAGGGCUUUUGGUGAGGGUGUUAGGGACAGUGAUAGUGUUGCUUAUGAAGAACCUCAUACUUCAUAUAGUGUGGGCUACACUACUUCAAAUGAUAAUCCAAAUAAAAGGCAGAUACAGCUAAAUGAUAAAAAACAAUUUGGUAAAGUCAAUAAGCUUCAACAUUCUGUUAGCGUGCCUUUGGAGGAAGAGGAACAUAGCAUCCCUCCGGAAGUGACACAUAGAAGAGCUACUCAAGAGAAUCAGCCCAUUCCAGACAAUGAUAAAUGGGAUGAUUUCACAAUAGGAGUUUUCUUGGAAGUAUGUGUUCAGGAAAUAGCUGCUGGGAAUAGGCCUCAUGAUGACUUUAACAAAGAGGGAUGGAACAAUGUGGUUGCCAAGUUUAAUGGAAAAACUGGUCAAAAUUAUGAUCAUAGGCAAUUGAAAAAGGAACUGGACAAUCUAAAAAAUGAUUUUACUUUAUGGGCAAAGCUUGUUGAAAAUCAAACUGGUUUAGGAUGGGAUCCUAUUAAAAAAACUGUCAAAGCACCUCCCAAAUUUUGGGAAUCCAGAAAAAAGGAGAACCCUGCAUUUCUAAAGUUUGAGCAUCAAGGUCCUCCACACUUAGAUAAGUUGGAAGCUUGCUUUGAAGAUGCUAAAGGUACAAGUUAUGUAGCUAUAUAUGCAGAUCCAUCACCAAAUGGGGUGGGGUUUUAUGGUGAAGAGAAUGAGGAUAAUCUUGAAUUAAGGGCUUCCAAUGAGGAUGAUGGGGACAGUGGUGAUGAUGUUGCUAUUGAAGAAACUCAUCAUACACAGAAUGUGCAGCAUAGGGAAUAUAAUGAGAAUAAUCCUGAAUUAAGGGCCUCUGAGGAGGGUUUCAGUGAUGUUGAUGAUGUUGCUAUUGAAGAAACUCAUCAUCAUAUGCAUAAUGUAGAGCCUAGGAAAGAGAAUGAGAAUAAUCCCGAACUAAGGGCUUCCGAUGAGGGUGUCAGUAGCGCUGAUGUUACCAUUAGGGAAGAGAAUGAGAUUAAUCCUGAAUUAAGGGCUUUUGAUGAGGGUGUCUCCGGCAGUGAUGUUGCUAUUGACAAAACUCAUGAUACGCAUAAUGUAGAACUUAGUGAAGAGAAUGAGGAUAAUCCGGAAUUAAGGGCUUCCCAUGAAGGGGAUGGUGAUGUUGAUGGCAUUGCUAAUGUGGAGCCUCUUGGAGAGAAUGAAGAUAACCUUGAAUUAAGGGCUUCUGAUGAGGGUGUUGGGGAUGGUGAUGGUGUUGCUAAUAAAGAAACUUAUCAUUCACAUAAUGCAGAGCCUGGUCCUUCAAAUAGUGUUCCGAAGAAAAGGAAGAGACUGAGGAAAGCUAAGAAGCAUUCUGGUAAAGCAGUUAAGGCAAAAGCAAAUAAUACUGCCACUGGUUUUGAAUGUAAUUUGGAUUUGGAUAGCUGUCUGACGUUACUUGGUAGUGUGCCUGGUCUCGAGAAAGGAAGUACUUUGUACUUCAUUGCCUGCCGAGUUCUUACAAAGAUUGUUAACAGGCAAACUUUUGUGCAUUUGAUGCGAGAUGAUCCUAAGUUGGCAUUUGGUUGGCUCAACACUUUUACAUUGGAGGACCUAAAGAAUUUGACUGGCUGAACACAAUGCCUUUUCUAGUUAGGAUUUAAGGCUAUGGUUGUAUGUUUUGUUUGCUAUUAGUGGUGUAUUGACUUUGAGUUGGGCCAUUGAAACUUCGAUGGUUAACUUGGUAACGGUUUAUUUUGUGAUCGAUUAUGAGUGGUUUAGUUAUUGUCAAAAAUUGUGUUUAUGAAACUCAGUUUAUACUUUAUAUCCUCACUCUAUGAUAUAACUAGUUGUGCAU